UCUUCGCUAUGAGGUAUCUAUGAAGUAAGAAUGAAUAUAGACAAAGAACUGGAAAUGGAAAGUGGUAAAGCUGGAGCCCUGGAAGAUUUGGAAAUGAGGCCAGGCGAACAAGCAGAAACACAUGAAAGGAAUCCUAAUGAGAGUCCACUAUCACAGGUUCUGCCCAACCAUGUGACUCUCCUGGUCUCAGCACACACCCAGGAGAAGGCUUUUGCCCAUGAUGUCAGCAAAAUACAACAUGUACCUGCAGAGGAAUCCAAAGUUUCGCAGUCUGCGGACACACACCUUCCUGAGCACGGCAGUGAUAACUCCAGUUUCUCAGCAAAAACCAGGCAGCACAAGGAAGGUGACAACCCCAAUUCCUCAACAAAAACCAUCCCACCCAAGCAGGGUGACACCCUCAGAUCCCCAGGAAAAGCCAUCCUUCCCAAAGAGGGUAACAUUGCCAAUUCCUCAGGAAAAACCAUCCCUCCGAAGCAAAGUGACACCACCGGUUUCCCAGGACAAACCAUCCUGCCUAAAGAGGGUAACACGCUUAAUUCCGCAGCAAAAACCAUUUCAUCCAAGCAGAUUGGCUCCCCCAAUUUCUCAGCCAAAACCAUACCAUUCAAGCAUGGCGACACCCCCAAGUCAUCAGCAAAAAUCAUCCCGCCCAAGCAGAGUGACACCCCCUAUUCUUCAAAAAAACCCAUCCUUCCCAAGCUGGGUGAUACCUCCAAGUCUUCAGCUAAAAUUAUCCCACCCAAGCAGGGUGACAUCCCCAAGUCCUCAGCACAAACCAUCCCACCCAAGCUGGGUGACACCCCCAAUUCCUCAACAAAAGCCAUUCCAUCCAAGCUGGGUGACACUCCCCAGUCCUCAGCAAAAACCAUCCCACCCAAACAGGGUGAUACCCCCAAAUCCUCAGAAGAAAUCAUUCAGCCCAAGGAAAGUGACACCUCCCAGUCCUCAGCAAAAACCAUCCCACCCAAGCUGGGUGACACCCCCAAUUCCCCAGCAAAAACCAUCCCACCCAAACAGGAUGACACCUCCAAGUCCUCAGAAAAAAGCAUCCAGCUCAAGGAGGGCGACACCUCCAAGUCCUCAGAAGAAACUAUCCAGCUCAAGGAGGGCGACACCCCCAAGUCCUCAGAAAAAAUCAUCCAGCCCAAGGAGGGUGACAUACCCAAGUCCUCAGAAGAAACCAUUCAGCCUGUAGAAGGUGACAUCCCAGCAGAAAAAACAAUGGAGCUCUCGGAGGUCAACAUGGUGAAAGCGAUCUUGAGCAAAGAGGACUUUGAGUCUGCACUCAAGGAGGCUGGGGAGAGGCUGGUGGCCGUGGACUUCUCAGCCACGUGGUGUGGGCCUUGCAGGACCAUCAAGCCCCUUUUCUAUUCUCUGUCUGUGAAGCAUGAGGACAUACUGUUCCUGGAAGUGGACAUUGAUGAGUGCGAGGAGCUAGUGAAGGACCUCGACAUCAUUUCCAUCCCAACCUUUCAGUUUUACAAAAAAGAAGAAAAGGUGGGUGAACUUUGUGGUGCCCUUAAGGAAAAACUUGUAACAAUCAUUGCAGAAUUAAAGUAA